CUCACGUUUCAUGGUGUGUGAGACAGUUAUUUUGUGUCAUAUGUUGGUGUGUAGCGCAAUACUCCUUUAAAUACAGAGUCAAGAGGAGUUCUGGAUUUGAUAACUGAGUUGUUGUGUCUCUUAAGUUAUAGUGCUGAUGGUCGUGGUAAGCAAAGGUUCCAGCCAGGGAUUUUUAUGUGGGGAAAAACAAAUGAUUGAUUUAACAGUUGGGGCGAUUCAGUAACCCGUAGUGCACGGGGCUCCUUUAUACUUCUAACGGCAGUAGAGUGGCUGCGAUUGGAUUUCAGGUGUUUGAGAGGUAAGAGUCAAUCGGGUUCUUAAGAUGCAAGUUACUUAAAACAGACACCAAUCUUUAGAAUUUCAGUGCUGAAAGACACCCUAGCAGGCCGAUUUCUCUACUCUAGUCAGGAAAAGAGCCCAAAGUCCUGCUUUAUUUUAUGUGACAAGCUUUUGCUGUGCCCAUGCACCAAAAUGAGUAACUUUGUAGAGGGUGACUGUACUGAAGAACGAUCACCACUUCAAACUGGUGGGAGCAUUAGAAGUCCACUUGACAGCAUAUGCAUUGAACAAGGCCAGGAUUCCCUUAAUGAAGACAUUGAGUUGAAAAGCAAUGACUCUAGUGCUAAUGAUUCCAGUGGGAAUGACUCAAAUGGACAUGACUGCAAUGGAAAUGAUCAAGGCAAUGAGUCUUCAGAAGGUUCAAAUGGUAGCUCCAGUACCAAUGGAAAGGAUUCUGCAAUGCUUCUGGGAUCAUCAGAGAGCCACAAAAGCAGUGUUAAGUCUCAGAGUUCAUCACCUCCUGGAAGUUCAAACAGUUUUAGCCUCCUUGGUGGAAGGUCUGAGCAGGACAACCCAUCUACAAGUGGAUGCAGCAGUGAACAGUCUGCAAAAGCAAAAACACAGAAAGAACUAAUAAAAACACUAAAGGAAUUAAAAGGGCAUUUUCCUCUUGAAAAGAAAACCAAAGGCAAAUCAAGUACUCUGGCAACACUGAAGUAUGCUCUUCGAUGUGUUAAACAAGUUAGAGCAAAUGAAGAAUAUUACCAGUUGUUAAUGACUAACGAUAACCAUCCCAAUAGCCUUGAUAUCUCCCUAUAUACUGUUGAAGAAAUUGAGACUAUCACAUCUGAAUUCACACUAAAGAACACGGAUAUUUUUGCUGUAGCAGUUUCCUUAAUUACUGGAAAAAUUGUCCAUAUUUCUGAACAAGCUGUUUCCAUCCUCAGCUGCAAGAAAUAUGUUUUUAAGAAUGCAAAGUUUGUGGAAUUUCUGUUCCCAAAAGAUGUCAGUGUAUUUUACAGCUUCACUACACCAUAUAAACUGCCAUCAUGGAGUCCAUGCAUCGGAGCUGCCACGGAAAACAUCGAUGGCAUGCAAGAAAAGUCAUUCUUCUGUCGGAUAAGUGGUGGCCGUCGGCAAGAUGGUGAGAUCUGUUAUCAUCCAUUCCGAAUGACACCUUACCUAAUGAAUGUGCACGACACAGAAAAAGCAGUGGAUCAGCUUUGCUGCCUGUUGCUAGCAGAAAGGGUGCAUUCUGGAUAUGAAGCACCUAGAAUUCCUCCAGAUAAAAGAAUUUUUACCACUACUCACUCACCAAACUGUGUAUUUCAAAAUGUAGAUGAAAGAGCUGUGCCUCUUUUGGGAUAUCUACCUCAGGACCUCAUCGGAACACCUGUAUUAAUGCAUCUGCAUCCGAACGAUCGGUCCAAUAUGCUUGCCAUUCACAAGAAAAUACUACAGUUUGCCGGGCAACCGUUUGACCAAGCGAUCCGAUUUUGUGCCCGAAAUGGGGAGUAUAUUCUAAUCGAUACAAGUUGGUCUAGCUUUGUUAAUCCAUGGAGCAGGAAAGUUUCAUUUAUUAUCGGAAGACACAAAGUCAGAAUGGGUCCUGUAAAUGAAGAUGUGUUUGCAUCUCCAGAGCACACAGAAGUUCCUAUUCUUGAUCCUGAUAUUCAGGAAAUAACGGAACAGAUUCACAGAGUACUGUUGCAGCCUGUACAUAAUGGUGGAUCUAGCGGAUAUGGAAGUUUGGGCAGCAAUGGAUCUCAUGAGCAGAUAAUAAGCAUGGCUUCCUCCAGUGAAAUCACUAACAAUGUAGUUGAAGAUGUCCAGAAUUUCAAGCCUACUACAUUUCAGGAGAUUUGUAAGGGAGUACAUGUGGUGAAAAACCAAGGGCAACAAAUGUUCAUUGAAUCCAGAGCCAGACAAGAAUCUCAGAAAAAAUGUGCUGCAGAGAACCAGCAUAAAAAAAACAGAAGUAUUUUAACCAAAGAUUCAGUAGCAAGCCUGCGGAAGGGCAUUGUCAUGGGAACCUCUGAAAAGGCCAUUUCAGAUGAACUGGCUAGCAAGCAACAACCAACAUAUUCUUAUCAGCAGAUAAGCUGUCUGGAUAGUGUCUUCCGGUACUUGGAGAGCUACAGCAUCCCCAGCACUGUGAAGAGAAAGUAUGAGUCCUCAAAUACAGCCUCUUCCUGCUCUGACGAUGACAAGCACAAGGUCACUGAGAAUACAUUGCAGGUGUUAAAAGAAGACCUUUUGCUGUUGAGUACAAAUACUGACCAUGCUCAGCUGGACUCUUCUGGUAAAAUGACUGCAGUUGUUGGGGCCCCAAUCACACCUUUAGCUUUGCACAGCAAGGCAGAAAGUGUUGUGUCCUUCACAAGCCAGUGCAGUUACAGCAGUACCAUUGUUCAUGUUGGAGACAAGAAACUUCAACCAGAGUCAGAAAUUAUAGAAGAUGGGUCUGGUGGAACAGAUUAUAUGGACGGUCAUCUUCCUCUGUCUUCAUUUGUUACUACUACUUCUGUAAACCAAGCGAAGGAACCUUAUAAGAAAAUGGGGCUCACCAAGGAAGUUCUUGCAGUACACACACAGAAAGAAGAGCAAAGUUUCCUUAGCAAAUUCAAAGAACUUGGAAGGUUCAGCAUAUUUGAGUCACCCUGCAGCUGCUGUUUGCAUGAAAGACAGAAAGGAUGUUCAGGUAUGCAAGGACAUCAGCAAUGUAUACAUACCAGUGAAACUGCAUUUAGGAAAGCUGGAAAGAACAGGAAGUCAAAGUCAAAACGGGUUAAACAACAUGAAUCUUCAGACAGCACCAUAUCUGGCAAUGGACAUCUUCAUAGACCUCCACUUCUUAGCCUUAAUCAUACAGCAUGGUCACCAUCAGAAACUUCUCAAGCAAGUAAUUCUGCUGUGCCUUUUCCUGCAGUUGUGCCAGCAUAUCCGUUACCAGUUUUCUCAGCUCCAGGUCCUACUCCCCAUGUAUCUGAUCCUUAUCUAUCUGGUUUUAGUGAUCAUCAGAACUCUCAGGACAUCAGUAACUCAGGGCAACAUUCGCAGUUUCCACCAUCUCUGGUGACAUCAAUGGUUGCACUUGUACUCCCGAACUAUGUACUUUCACAGAUGAACAACACUGUCCCUUCACAGCUUCACAAUGGCCAUUCCCAUUUUCCUUCUCAGCAUUGUUUUGCAGCUGCAGCUGCCUUCCCAUCUCAGUCACCACUGCCAGCGCAGCCUCAAUUUAUGACACAGUCUACAUUUACGUCUCUCACCCCUAACCCACUGGACUCUUUCCAUUAUAAUCCUCCUGCAAUAACUGAAAACAGUCAAGUCCCAGAUAUACGGGAUGCACCAUCUUGCUUUUCACCUCCACAGUCACUUGGACCCCAGGAACACACUUCACCUCCUCUGUUUCAGUCACGAUGUAGCUCACCUUUACAGCUAAAUCUUCUGCGACUGGAAGAAAUGCCUAGAUCUGUAGAACGGCAAGACAGCAGAACCACUGUGCUACAUUUAGGAGGAAGUAGAGAGGAAAAAGGUGUUCCAUUGACAUCAAAGCUAGUGAAUAACAACUGUGACCCAUUACUGGUUGAAUUACCCGGUGAAAACCAGAACAGUGAUGACCUGUCUACCUCCAGUGAUGUAAUUGACAUUCUGCUUCAGGAAGAUUUUCAUUCAGGCACUGGGUCAGCGGAAUCAGGCAGUGGAGGAUCAGCCAUUACAGGAUCUUCUGACUUGGGUUCUAAUGGAUAUGGCAUGUCUGGGAGUGGAAUAGGAAGUAGCCAGCCAAGCAACACCAGCAAGUACUUUGGAAGUAUUGACUCAUUUGAAAGUGUUCAGUCAAAGGCAAACAUGAAGAAAAAAAUGAAACAGAGUGACACCUUUAUGAAGUACGUUCUUCAGGAUCCUAUCUGGCUACUGAUGGCAAAUACUGAUGAAGAAGUGAUGAUGACUUACCAGGUACCAGUACGGGAUGUCAAAACAAUUCUGAAGGAAGAUAAAGAAAAGUUAAAACGUAUGCAGAAAUUGCAGCCUGAGUUCACAGAAGAACAGAGGAAAGAACUUAUGGAAGUACAUCCAUGGAUCAAGAAAGGUGCACUGCCCAAAGCUAUUGAUGUUAAAGAUUGCAUGUGCAGUAGCAGUAAUAUUCGUGGCAACAUUCCUGCGCCUUAUGAUGUGGAAAUCCAUGAUUUGGAUAUUGGUAGCAUAGAGGAACCCCCUGAAGACUGCAGCUUACAGACUUUACACCUCACUGUUAAGGAAUGAACUUAAAUAAACACAAGAGAAAACUGUAUUCACAAUGCAUCAUAUUGAUGGAGUUUUACAGAGAAAAAAUGAUAUAGUAAAAAAAAAAAGAUUUUUAGUAAUGCUCCUGAAGUCAGCUAAUGUGCUGUUACAAGAGUAUUUAAAAAGAAUGUUUAAGUGGAAUUGUUCUGGUGCCUAUUUUAAGUAUAUUUAUAUUUAUAUAUAUUUUUUUCAUUGAACACGUUUAAAGUCUACUAUUUAUUGCUAGCUGGUGUUGGCACUGUGAUGUUUUUGUGGAUGUUUUAGCAGUUUGAAAUUUGUCAGGACAGGAAAUGGGAUUUUAUAAAACUGAAAAUUAUAGUUCCUUAAUUAAAGGUGGCAUGAUCUACCAGAACCAUUUUACAGUAUUCAUUAGACAUCUAGACACAACUCAGAUUUCACAUAUGAAUUAUUUUGUAAACUUAAAAUCACCACAUAUUGCAAGGGCAGUAGUGCCAUUUAUAUUUAAAGGUGACAUGCUUUACCAUGCUGUACAUUUUAUAAUAGUCUUCAGACAUCUAGACGCAAUUCAGAUUCCACGUGAAUUAUUUUGUAAACUUAAAAAAAAAAAAUUCACCCCAUAUUGUAAGUACUGUAAAUAACAUGUGAGGAAGUGGAUGUCAUGCAUGAGUAUUGGUUUAUUUGCAACCUCACCUAUAAAGAGCAUACCAGAGAUAAUGCAGUUGUAAAAUACACACAGCUACAAACAACAGUGCAUAUAAUGCAUGUGUUGAAUAAGUUAAUAAAUCAUUGUAAGGUAUGAGGUUGUCCUGUUUCAUGUUUAUCCUUUUGUAACAGUGACUACACCUUUAAGAUAUUUAGCUGUCUGUCAUACACAAAGGGAGCAGCUAUUUUAAUGUGGGAUGAAAGUGUAGGUAGCUAAUUAUGCAUUGACAUUCUGUAGUUAUACUGUAUUUUCUUCCAGUCCACAUAGAUCAUUUUUAUACUGAGUUUUUAAAAAUGAAUAUUUGCAGUACUAUGAUAUUUUAAACAGAUACAUAUUUGUAAAUAAAAAGUUUUUUUAGUGCUAGAUUUUGAAUUCCUAUAUAUCUUAUGUAUUGCCUGGCUUUGUGAUGUAGUGUGGGUGGAGCCCUGGCUGUGACUGAGAUGAUCUGAAUUCGUAGCUGCUGUGGUGCUAGGGAGUUAAGUAGGUGAUGGGACUGACCGGCAUACUGCAGCUUCCCCAUCCAAGGGAGAAUGUUCUCUUCAUUCUUGUGUUCUUUGUCUUAUUAUUUCUGUUUCCCUUCUCUGUUCUUAAUCCUUCUGUAUACUUUCUUAGUCCAGCAGUGCAUUUUCUUGAUCAUUUUGUUGAAAAUUAUUAGAACAAGUGUAAUUAUAAAAUCAAUUUCAUGCUAGAAUGGAAAUGAGGACUUAAGUAGUCCAUUCUUCUUUGUCUUCUAGUUCUAUGUUAGACACUUUGCCAAAAUGUAAUGUAGUUUCUUUUUAUUGAAGGCAGAGCAAAUGUACACUGCAUCCUUCUCAAUCAACUCCAAAACAGUUUUCUUCAUCAGUGCGGACCAUCAUUUCUGAAUCAUUUGGGGCCAUCUUUCAUGACAAGGAGGCUUGAUGUAUGGGGAAAUAUGCCUUCUCUUAUACAGGGUUGAGGUUUACAGACUAAUAAGCUCAUAUGGGGUUCUAAUUGAGGUCAUGACACCCUUCAUGGUUUUUACACCGUGUUUCUUAACAGUAAGUUACAAAAGAUGUUUGUGUAUUACAGCAGGGUCACACUUCUCAUCCUAUCUAUAUGCUGUGCUGCUAAUACUUUUGCCAGGGCAUUUGCGUUGAUCCUUGCUGUUUAAUAGUGCUGUUGGCAAAUGCUAGUAGGUUUUGGUGCUGUUGAACAGUUUUCCUCCAUACAUCUAUUGAUUUACAUGUUUUCUUCUCUAGUGAAGUGUUGAAACUCCAAAAUUGGGCACAUUUGUUGUUAUAAAGAACCUAAAGCUAAGUGGGGGGAUAUACAUUUUAUUCUGUUAGCUAGAACCAGAAACUAACUGUUCUGUUCUGGGAGACCACAGUAAAGGCAGAGUGCUGUCAUCAUUAUCUGUUUGUAUCUGACUCCUGCAACCCCACACUGUUUACCUUACAGCCUAUAUUGAGUGGGGGAGGAGUUCAUCUUACCUAAACCAAUACAAAAAAUAACUUAACAUUUUUGAUACCUGUAAGUGUAAGCUUUCAGGAAUUGCUCCCAGACCACCCUCAGAGAAUUAUUACAUUUUGAUCACAUUCCAUAUUUGAUGGGAUCUCAGGGUCAUAGAGGUUACAGGGUACAUGAGCCAAGGGCCCAUUUGCACUUUGCCAAUACCCACCCUGAAGAUGUACAUCCCACUUCCUGGAGGGCAAAACAUGUCAGGCCAGGAAUUAAUUUGUGGAUACCUAUCCAAUCAUCCAGGCUCUUCUUGAAAGGUUUGAGGAUGUCACUCUGUUUAUCAUGAAAAGAGAAUUUGUUUCACAUAUGAUGUAAUAGGUAUUAAAUCUGUCCCUCCUUCAUGUAGUUUGUUCAGCUUUGGAUUCCAGAAAGGCAGUUUUAGACAUUUAGUAUUUAAGCUCUAAGCUGCAGUUCUGGUGUCAUAGUCAGAAGCAGUUGUAGCACUAAUAUAAGCAUCACCAGUGCCUGCCAAGACUUUAAUCACAUAGCAUGACAUCCCUUCAGUGACUGAGAUGCUAGACCUGAAUUAAGCUGCAACAUGUGUGUAUCAUUAUCGGGUUUAAUCAUCGAAGAAAUAGAAUGGAUGCUGCUGGCAUUUGAAUGCAGGGGAAAUCUGUGUAAUGUUAUUUGUUGCAGUAAUAUUAGCAAGCUGUUGUGCCAGUUCUUUUUUCCCCACGUGUUUGAGAUACCUUUAGGUUGUUAAUAUUACUUGAUUUAUUUUGAUAGGUGGUUCACUAUGUGGAAGUUUGUUAAAUAUUUCUUGAUUUAUUUUGAUAAGGUGGCUAACCGUGUGGAAUGCCUUUAGGUUGUUAAUAUUUCUUGAUUUAUUUUUAAGUUAGCUGACUGUGUAGAAUACUCUGAUUCCAAAUGAGAUGGUAGAAUAUGCAAUAUGAAUUAUGUAGAGUAAAGAUAUAGAGAGUAUGGUGUGAAACAGAACAAGCCCAUCAUUUCACUAGCUAAAAUAAAAUAGUCCUGUUUUUCCAUCCUAACAUUUAGCUGUUAUCUUUAUGAUUUUAGGUACCAUGGAUUGAAGAGUGUUACUGGUAAAACUCAAAGUCCCUUUUAAAUGCUAUAGUAGUCUGCUGUAUAAUAAAAACAGAAUGGCAGUAACUGCCCUCCUUGGUUAACCGGACAUGUGUCCUGAGUUAUAUAAUAUUGUCUUGAAUGUGUGGGAAAAUGAAACAAAAAUUCCUUUGUGAUGUCUGAAUUUGACAUCAUUAGUGUUCUAUUUAAUAAAACAUGGAAUCCUUAGCAAUAACAAAAUACCUUACAGAAACAACUUCUUUAAAAUCUGAUUUAGUUCGUAAAUUAUGGAACAAUUUUCAGAUAUUUUUAAACAAAAGGGUAUUUUUCACUUUUUUCUUUUGUAAUGAAUCAUAAAUAUAACAGUGUGUGGAGAUCUAAACAGUUCACUGCCUUUGUCCAAGUAACAAAGCAGUCGCUGCAAGUUACUUAAUGGAUUGUAGACAUUUAUUAUAUAAUAACUGGGAGAAAUAUGCUAAGAUUCUGUGCCAUGGAUGUUUUAUUAUGAUUGUACAGUUUGUUUUCUAAUGACAGCUACUCUUUUAUGAUGUCUUUUUUUCUGGGCAUUUAUUUUAAAUGAUGGAGAUAAUACCAGCAAAUGUAAAGUUUCUAUGUUCAUCAGUGAAUUACAUGUCUAUAAAACCAGAUAUUUUCAGAAAAUGUGUUAAAACAGUACUGUCAGAUCGCCACUGUAGUGAGCACUUAUCUUGUAAAAUAGUACUGAAAGAAAAUCCUGUAAUAUUAGAAAUUAUACACUAGAAAAAAAUCAAUAUUAUUUAUUUUAAAUGUUAUGUGCUGUUUCAUCAAAGCAGUACUGUUGCACUUUCAUGUAGUUUUUCUAAAAUAGCUUUUUUAUUUUCCCUUUCUAGAAGAGACAUUUUAAAGAUCUAAUUAUUGUCUAUUUUUACAACAUAUGUUUCUGUUUGAAAAAUAUGUACAUUGUGCUUGUCAGUGUUUGUCUUUUACCACAUAAUACAUGGAGCAGAAAAAUUGUUACUUUUUAGAAGGAAAUAAAGCAGUUAUAUUUUUUAUUGAAA